AUGGCCCAGGCGCCAAUGACGCUGAACAUCGAGCGCGAGCUACAAGCGCAGAUCGUGGAGGACUCUGGCGUGGAUGCGGAGCUGGGUGACAUCGCUCUUUCGGGCUACCUGAACUACAAGGCGGCUUUGAAAGGGGUCUUCGACAAGCUACUCUGCGACCCGAAAGAUGCAUGCAACAUUCGACCGCUCCACGUCACCACCCUCCUGAGCAACAUGACGCUGAAGGACCUGAAGCACUACCAGGGCAAAUGCCACAAAGGAGUUGCGCUUGAGUUGUAG